AUGGAGGCAGCGUGUUUUCUGCAAGAACAGGCUACGUGCUAUACUGGAGACACAGCAGUUCGAGAGGUGUUCGAAGAGACUGGCAUUAAGUCAGAGUUCAAGUCCAUCCUAAGCAUAAGACAGCAACACCAACACCCCGGAGCCUUUGGGAAGUCGGAUCUGUACAUCGUCUGUCGCCUGGAGCCCUCCUCCUUCAACAUCAGCUUCUGCCGGCAGGAGUGCCUGAGGUGUGAAUGGAUGGACCUCCAGGAGCUUGCUAGGUCCAAACACACUACUCCCAUCACUAGCAACGUGGCUAAACUCCUACUUUACGGAUACCGGGAAGGGUUUGAGAAGAUUGAUAUAACUGUGAGAGAGUUUCCAGCUCUCUACACAGGGCUGUUCUACAAACUGUACCACAGGGAGCUGCCCAAGUCCUACAGAAACAUUACAUGA